AUGACAUAUCCUGGUUCAUAUAUUAGAAUAGAAAAAUCACCUAAAAAUGAGUUCAUGUAUAUGUAUAUAUCGUUGUAUGCUUUUAUAAAGGGGUUCGAUUACUAUAGACCCAUCGUCAUUGUGGAUGGCAACCACCUAAAAUCAACAUACACAGGAACAUUCGUCUCUGCUAGCACGUUGGAUGGUGCAGGACAUAUAUUGCCCCUAGCAUAUAGUGUUGUUGAUUCAGAAAAUGAUGCUGCUUGGUUGUGGUUCUUUGAGCAAUUUAAGAUGACUUAUGGUGAGCGAGAAAACAUGUGCAUCGUUUUAGAUAGGAAUGAGAGCAUAAUCAAAUAUCUAUCGAGAGUAUAUCCUACGGUACCCCAUUUUGCUUGUAUAUGGCAUCUAUGGAACAACGUAUAUAAGAAAUUCAAAGAGAGUCAUGUAAGAUUGAGCGAGGUAUACUUUUCAAUGGCAAAAGCAUACAUCCAGGAUGAGUUUGAUAGUCUAAUAGAAAAGGUGGAGAAGGUUGAUAUUCGGAUUAAAGAUUACUUGGAACUAGUUGGAUAUGAAAAAUGGGCUAGAUUGUAUGCACCUGUUAACCGGGGAUGGACCAUGACGUCAAAUAUUGCUGAGUCAAUUAAUUCGGCACUUGUAUCAGCUAGAGAAUUGCCAAUAUACGACUUCCUAGAAGAAGUUAGGAAGAUGUUUGGACGUUGGAAUUGGAACGAUCGAAAAGAAGCUUCACACACGUACACAACGCUUGGGAGAAAAUAUCAGGAGAUCCUUAAAUUGAAUGAGGCCCUAUCUACCCGAAUGACUGUUGUACCAUCGACUGAACGCUUGCACAUGGUGAAUGAUGAAGGAAGGAAUUACACCGUUUGCCUCCUAGAUAAAACUUGCAGUUGUGGGCGGUUCCAAGUUGACGAAUUACCAUGCCCACAUGCUUGGGGUGUCUUGAAGAGCAAGUUUCUAAUGCCGGAAGAUUAUUGCUCGGACUAUUAUAAACCAAAGUCUAUUAUAAUAACAUACGAGGUGCCCGUGUAUCCACUGCCUGACCGAAGGGAAUGGAAUAUACCAGCACAUAUAUCAGAGGAAGUUAUCUUACCACCCAAAUAG